ACUCCACAGCUCGAUGCCAAGAAGAGCCCACUGGCGCUGCUGGCGCAGACAUGCUCGCAGAUAGGGAAGCCCGACCCCUCGCCCUCUUCCAAACUCUCCUCGGUCGCCAACAACGGGGGCGGCGCGGGUGGUGCUGGCGGCGGCGCUGGGGGCGACAAGGACGCCAAGUCGGGCCCCCUGAAGCUGAGCGACAUCGGCGUGGAGGACAAGUCGAGUUUCAAGCCGUACUCCAAACCUGGCUCGGAUAAGAAGGAGCCGGGAGGCGGCGGUGGAGGUGGAGGCGGCGGGGGCGGCGGCGGGGGUGUUUCGGCCGAGAAGUCGGGAUUCCGGGUACCGAGCGCCACCUGCCAGCCAUUCACGCCCAGGACAGGCAGCCCCAGCUCUAGCGCCUCGGCCUGUUCUCCAGGAGGCAUGCUGCCCUCGGCCGGGGGCGGCCCCGAGGGCAAGGAUGACAAGAAAGACCCAGACGCGGGCGGUGGCGGCGGCAGCAAGGGCGCCGGGGGCGCCUCGGCCGAAGGGGGACCCACGGGGCUGGCGCACGGCCGGAUUAGCUGCGGUGGCGGAAUUAACGUGGACGUGAACCAGCACCCAGAUGGGGGGCCCGGGGGCAAAACUCUAGGCUCGGAUUGUGGUAGCUCCUCCGGCUCCAGCUCCGGUUCGGGCCCCAGUGCGCCCACCUCGUCCUCGGUGCUGGGCUCUGGGCUGGUGGCUCCGGUGUCUCCCUACAAGCCCGGCCAGACAGUGUUCCCGCUGCCUCCCGCGGGCAUGACCUACCCUGGCAGCCUGGCCGGGGCCUACGCCGGCUACCCGCCCCAGUUCCUGCCCCACGGCGUGGCGCUCGACCCCACCAAGCCCGGCAGCCUGGUCGGGGCCCAGCUGGCGGCAGCCGCGGCCGGCUCC